AAUAUUAAUCGCAAGCUUAACAAAAUGCAUGUUAUGAAAUGAGCUGAGCUUAUAUGCGAGGGGCUGAAAAUAUCAUCAAUGGGAUGAAUGUCCGACAGCUUGACUGCAUAUCACACGCUUUGUAAAGCUGGUUUUGCUAAAAGAAAAAAGGUAAACAUGCAUGCUCACCUUUUUUAUGGCUUAAAUAUCCAAGAAAUGAUGCAGCAUGGUAAUUAUAGCUUUAUCCUUUAAGUCUGCAUAAAGCAGCAUGUUGUUGUAGAAACAUCCUAAAGAGAGGAGUUGUUAUGACUAAAGACUAGAAUAGAGUUGCCAGAUUAUUCUUUCUGCCAGUCAUGCCAGUCCUUUCUUUCUGCUCUCGUGCACGCGCAUCAUUCCACCCCAUUGCUGGAAGUGCAGGGCUGAGUGCGCGCGCUUACAUCAGGUUUUAACAUGGCGGCUGUGCUCGCUGCCGGCGCAACAUGGAGGAUUUAGACUAGUCUAUGUGGAGGACCUGCAGCCGGCAUCGAGCACAUGUAAAUCAAAAUGGGAAAAGAAAAGAUCCACAUCAACAUCGUGGUCAUUGGCCAUGUCGACUCCGGCAAGUCCACCACCACAGGCCACCUGAUCUACAAGUGCGGAGGAAUCGACAAGAGAACCAUCGAGAAGUUCGAGAAGGAAGCUGCUGAGAUGGGCAAGGGCUCCUUCAAGUACGCCUGGGUGCUGGACAAACUGAAGGCCGAGCGUGAGCGUGGUAUCACCAUCGACAUCGCUCUGUGGAAGUUUGAGACCGCCAAGUACUACGUGACCAUCAUUGAUGCCCCUGGACACAGGGACUUCAUCAAGAACAUGAUCACUGGUACCUCUCAGGCUGACUGUGCCGUGCUGAUCGUUGCUGCUGGUGUUGGUGAGUUUGAGGCCGGUAUCUCUAAGAACGGUCAGACUCGUGAGCACGCCCUGCUGGCCUACACUCUGGGUGUGAAGCAGCUUAUUGUUGGAAUCAACAAGAUGGACUCCACUGAGCCCCCUUACAGUCAGAAGCGUUUUGAGGAAAUCACAAAGGAAGUGAGCGCCUACAUCAAGAAGAUCGGCUACAACCCUGCCACUGUUGCCUUCGUCCCCAUCUCUGGAUGGCAUGGAGACAACAUGCUGGAGGCCAGUGACAAGAUGGCCUGGUUCAAGGGCUGGAAGAUCGAGCGUAAGGAAGGUGGUGCAAAUGGCGUCACCUUGCUGGAAGCUCUUGACUCCAUCUUGCCUCCAUCCCGCCCAACCGACAAGCCCCUGCGUCUGCCCCUGCAGGAUGUGUACAAGAUUGGCGGUAUUGGAACUGUCCCCGUUGGCCGUGUUGAGACCGGUGUCCUGAAGCCCGGUAUGGUCGUCACCUUUGCUCCCCCUAACCUGACCACUGAGGUGAAGUCAGUGGAGAUGCACCAUGAGGCCCUUACUGAGGCUCUGCCCGGUGACAACGUCGGCUUCAACAUCAAGAACGUGUCCGUCAAGGAAAUCCGCCGUGGAAACGUGGCCGGUGACAGCAAGAGCGACCCACCCAUGGCUGCUGAUAACUUCACCGCCCAGGUCAUCAUCCUGAACCACCCCGGCCAGAUCUCCCAGGGUUAUGCCCCCGUGCUGGACUGCCACACCGCUCACAUUGCCUGCAAGUUCAGCGAGCUCAAGGAGAAGAUCGACCGUCGUUCCGGCAAGAAGCUUGAGGACAACCCCAAGGCUCUGAAGUCUGGAGACGCUGCCAUCAUCACCAUGGUGCCUGGAAAACCCAUGUGUGUUGAGAGCUUCUCCCAGUAUCCUCCACUGGGUCGCUUUGCUGUGCGUGACAUGAGGCAGACAGUGGCUGUCGGUGUCAUCAAGUCUGUUGAGAAGAAGCUUGCUGGUGGUGGAAAGGUCACCAAGUCUGCACAGAAGGCCGAGAAGAAGAAAUGAAUCGUCAUGCAGGACGUCAAACAAGAAGUCGUGCCUCAGCAGCAGCAGGUUGCCCCAUCCCUUCUUCUCCCCUGCCACCCAGCGCCGUCUUCUCUGAAGCAGAGCUCUCUACUCAAGGACUGGCUUAUGCUGAUUAAAACCCAUCGGAAGAGUUUCCGCAGGAAAGGAAGGCUCAUGUCAUGUAGGGGAAACUAUGAUCAUAAUUAACUUCAAACCAAAACAAUAAAAAUCUUAAACAUUGCCAAAUGAA